AUGAAAGUAGCUGUUCUUCUGUGUCUGAUACUUCUAGAAGUACUCGAUGGGCUCACAUACAACGAGCGUUUACAAUUUCUUCAGCUUCAAAAUGCGGCUUACAACAUGUAUAUACGAACGAUUGGUGAAAGGAAACAAAAGAAUAAUGUUUUCAAAAGUUGGUAUGCUGCCACUACGGAAUUCCCACCUUUGAAAAGCGAGUUUUUCGAGAACGACACGGUCGUUGGAGACAGCCAGAAGAAUUCAGCACCCGUUAGCAUGGAUCUUGUUUAUUCAAGACCUCGGACAGUUGAUGAUGAUAUCGGAAUGCCUCUCAAUCAGCCGAUUUAUACAAAAGAUAAAACCAACUUUUACAAUUACGGAAAACUGUACCAGAAUUACUGGCAGAACGGAAAAUAA